GCAAGCGUGCUAUGAUUUGGCAACUACGCCACUCUGGAAAAGGAAAAGCACAGUCAGUGUGUGCAUAGACACACAGUCUCGACCUCGAAGGACAAGCAGAUUCGGUGUCAACAUGUAUCUACUGCACAUGGGACGGGGCGGUGACAUGGAUCCAUCCGCGUCGGUAGUCGGCAAGCCGCAAACACGCACGGACGAAGACCCUGCUCAGCAUGCCGUCAUGACUUCCGAUGACGAAAGAAAGAUAGUUGCCUUCAGCUUCAACAUGCUUCCGCCAGACAACAUCGCACUACAUUCUUCGCCUUUCACGUACCCGCGACAGCCAUGAUACAUGGCCUGCUCGCUCUGCGACGAGCACCCGCACACAAUGUCGCCUCGCAGCUAGCACGCUUACCCUUCGCCUCUACACAAUCCCCUCGAACUGCCCUCGUGCGCCGCAUACAAUCGCAAGCAUGGGAGCCACUGCGCCCUCCAAAUCCCGCCGAUCUACCUAAACCGCGGAUACGAAAAGUCAAGCCGCCGUUCACAAAGCGAAAAUGGGUGCGCCGCCUCGCCGUCGUCUCCGCGCUCGUUGGUGUCGGCUACGCCAUUGACAGGCAAUUCUACGCUUCAUCCUUGACGAGAUCCCUCCGCACAUUCAAGACUGGCCUUGUGAUUGGCCUCGAUUACAAGGUCAACUUCCGCGCCCACCCGCCUUUCGCGAACAGCAUUGAAGACGUGCACAACCGUAACGCGGAGCGCAUCUUCAACCUGCUGCGGUACAAUGGCGGUCUGUAUCUGAAGAUUGGCCAGGCGAUCGCCAUGCAGAGUGCCAUUCUGCCCCCGUCGUUCCAAACGAUGUUUGCGAAGAUGUUCGACGAUGCGCCGCAGAACGAAUGGUGGGAGGUUGAAAAGGUGGUAAAAGAGGACUUCGGCAAGAGCGUUGAGGAAGUGUUCGGCGUGAGCUUUUCACCCGAUCAAGGCGGCAUGGGCAAAGGUGUUAUGGAGAAGACUGCGCGGGCAAGUGCGAGUGUUGCGCAGGUACACUGGGCGCGCCUAGCAGACGGGCGGGAAGUCGCCAUCAAGAUCCAGAAGCGCGAGAUCGCAUCACAAGUCGGCUGGGAUCUCUGGGCCUUCAAGGUCGUCGCCAAAGUAUACACAUGGUGGUUCGGCAUCCCCGUCUACACCCUCGUACCCUACAUCUCCGAGCGGCUGAUGCUCGAAACCGACUUCGAGAAUGAAGCAGAUAACGGCGAGGAGAUGCGGGGUCUCGUCGCUGGCGAACCGCGCCUCAACGGCAGAGUCUACAUCCCGCAAGUCUACCGAGAGCUCUCCAGCAAGCGCGUCAUGACGGCUGAAUGGAUCGAAGGCGUGCGCCUCUGGGACAAGGAAGGCAUCACCAACAAAUGGCGUGGCGGCUGGCGACGCGGGUCUCCCGGCGCAGGAGGUGUCCAACUCCCUCCCAUCCCAUCCGGUGCCGCUUACGACGCCGACGUCCCUGCCGACGCGCCCAAGAACGAGAUCAUCAAGCCCAGCCGCAAAGCUUGGAAGGGCAAAGACGGGCGCGGCGGUCUUGGAGUCAGCCUGAAAACGACAAUGAACACCAUCGUCGACCUCUUCAGCGCACAAAUGUUCCUCUGGGGCCUGGUGCACUGCGACCCUCACCCGGGCAACAUAUUUGUCCGCCGUCUGCCCUCUGGCCAACCUGAGAUCGUGCUCAUCGACCAUGGUCUGUACAUCCGCAUGAACCCCGAAUUCCGGCACCAAUACGCUCUCUUCUGGAAAUCACUGCUCGCAUUCGACAACGCUACGAUCGCCGACAUCGUGACCUCCUGGGGCGUGAACAACCCCGACAUCUUCGCUUCCGCAACGCUGAUGCGUCCGUAUCAGGGAGGCGAUAAGAGAGUCAUCGAGGAGAUUAAGAAGGGUGUGCAUGGCAAAGAUGCAGCGGAGCGCGCGUACGAUAUGCAAGUCAAGGGGCGCGACGCUAUCAAGUCGAUUCUCGGGGACGACAAGAAGUGGCCGCAGGAACUCAUCUUUAUUGGCCGCAACCUAAGGAUUGUUCAGGGCAACAAUCAGUUCCUAGGCAGCCCGGUGAACAGGGUGAAGAUCACGGGUAUGUGGGCGAGUCGGGCGUUGGCGGAGAGUAAGGAAUUGAGCGCCAGCGAGAGGUGGAAGAACUGGGUUCAGCAUGUGAGGUUCAGGAUUGUGCUGUUGUUGAGUGACGGAGUGUUUUGGUGGAGUCGGAUUAAGCAGGCGUUUGGCGCGGAGAGGGGGUUGGAAGAUAUUCUCGAGGAGCAGAUGAAGACGAUGGCGAAGGAUUUUGGAGUCGAGCUCAAUCAUGGGGUGUUUGAGGGGUAAGCGCGUGAGUAAGAGUGGUGUACGAUUAGACUCAGAGAAGAGGGUGCAUUAGCGACUAGGUGUGUUCAAGGGCCAUGUACUAGACAUGUUACAAUUGAUAUGAGAAAGUUGAAGCGGGCUUGACAGCCCAAGUUCCGAGUCUA